UAUACUCCCUUUAGCCCCAAUAUGCCCCCAUCAUAGAUUAUAGUAGUCCCAUUAAUUGAUAAUAAAUUAUUAUUAAAUAUUGUCAAAUGUCAAAUGUAAAUUGUCAUGGUCAUCAUUUUAACACCGCUCAAAAUCACUGCUGAGAAGGAAAAUUUUUGAAUUUCAUCUACUACUUAAGAUAAUAUGCUUAAUUACAUAUUUACAUAGUUUUUGUUACUUAGUACUUACAAACGUGACCUCAUCGUUUAUUAUGAAAUAACAUAAAAACAUUAAAUUUGCUUAAUACUUAAUAUAAUUAAUCAAUAUUAAAUACUAUAAACAAUAAUACAGGAUAGAUUACAAACAACUUAAAAAAGUGGCAUAAGAUUUGUUAUAAUUAUUCUCCUAGAUUGAGAUUAAUUUGCUAUGUAUUGUUGUGUCAUUUGUCUAUAGUAUUUCUUAUUAUUUCAACCAAUGGUUACUGAAAGACUGACUACCAUUAAGUAUUAUUUUUAUGGAACUAAAUAAUGUUUUUAAGUAAUAUUUUAGUUUUACAAUUGUAAAACUUGAUAUUAAAUACACUUUCAUCGUUAUGCUAAAAUUGUAAAUUAGUUGUAUUUUUAUAUAACCGAUGUCUAGCCAAAUCAAGCCAAUAAAUAAAUUGGAUGUUCAUAAAAUAUGUUCUGGUCAGGUUGUAUUGAAUUUGGCCACAGCAGUAAAGGAGUUAAUAGAAAAUAGUUUAGAUGCUGGAGCCACUUCAGUAGGAAUUAAACUAAAAGAAUUUGGUAAAGAUUUGGUAGAAGUUACAGAUAACGGAUCUGGGGUUCAUCCUGACAAUUUUGAAGGACUUGCUUUAAAACACCAUACAUCCAAAAUUAAAGACUUUGCUGACUUGACUUCAGUAGAAACAUUUGGUUUUCGUGGAGAAGCAUUGAGCUCGUUAUGUGCUUUAAGUGAUGUAACAGUAACCACUAGACAUUCAUCACAAGAAUGUGGCAUUAAGUUAGUGUUUGAUCAUACAGGAAACAUUAAGCUGAAAGUCCCUGUUGCUAAGCAAGUUGGAACAGCAGUUACUUUGUCUAAUUUAUUCUCUUCAUUACCUGUAAGACAUAAAGAGUUUCAUCGAAAUUUAAAAAAAGACUUUGGAAAAAUGAUCCAAGUAGUGACUGGUUACUGUUUAGUAGCUACUCAAGUGAAAUUAUCGUGUAUUAAUCAAACAAAAUCUUUGAAUAAUGUACUUUUAUCAACACAUGGUAGCAACACAGUAUUAGAAAACAUAUCAUGCAUUUAUGGAUCUAAACAGGCUAACAGUUUGUUAGUUUUAAAAAAAGUCAUUCCUGUAGAUGAAGAAAAUGAUAUACCAAAUAUUUUUGAACUAGAUGGUUAUAUAUCUAGUUGUGUUCAUAAUGGAGGUAGAAGUUCAAAGGACAGACAAUUUUAUUUCAUUAAUUCUAGACCAUGCGAGCCUUUAAAGAUUAUAAAAACAGUGAAUGAAGUUUACCAUCAAUACAAUCAAAAUCAAUAUCCAUUUGUCUACUUAAAUAUAACUAUUGCAAGAGGUGAAGUAGACAUUAAUGUGACACCAGAUAAAAGACAAAUAUUUUUGUCUAAUGAAAAUUAUUUAGUCUCAAUAAUUAAAGCCAGUUUAAAUAAAUUAUUUGAAAAUAUUCCAUCUACUUACAAGAUUAAUACAUCGUUGUAUGAAUCAAUAUCGACUAAAAGGCCAUAUGAAUCAACUAUUGAAAGUAAAGAUUGUAAAAUACUGAAGUUGGAUAUAAGUAAUGAAUAUGAAAGUCAAAAGACACCUAGUCAUUCGGAACAAAUUAAAGCUAAACUCGUUAGAUGGAAAUCUGAUAAUUCCAAAAUAGCAACGUCUGUUCCAAGUACAAUAGAUAAAUUUCUUAAACAAAAAAUUGAGCCUAUUGAUAAUGUUCAAAAAAAUCAUACUGAGAAAUUAAUUGAAAAAGAAGAAAAUGAAAUAUCUACCAGUCCAUUUAUGUGUGCUGACACCAGUGACUCUAUUGCAAUCAUUGAAAAAGAGGAAAAAAAUUAUGAACAAAAACAAGAAAGCAUUAAAAAUGAUAAAAAAAAAUCCACAUAUAUUAAUAAUGCAAAAAGCGAGAACAUUGAAUCAACUGAACAUUUUGUUGAUAAUUCAAAUGGUGAGAAUAUGGAUAAUAAUACAUUUUAUUUAAAAAUUGUUGCUGAUAAAUCAGAUUCUAAAGUAGACAUUGAUUCAAUACAUAAGAGUGAUGUGAAAAAUGUAUUUGUUAAAGAUAUAAAAACUUCUUGUGAUUUGUCAAAAAUAAACACAAAUGCUAGUAUAGAAAUAGACACUUCUAUUGCACCCAGAGAAAGAAAAUUUGCACUAGUUGAAACUAACCUUGAACAAAUUAAACAAAGGUUAAGCAAUUUAAGAUUUCGAAGAUCUGAAAAACAGAAAAUAAAAACACGGUUUUACGCAACUAUUGAUCCAAAUAAAAAUCAACAAGCUGAAAUUGAAUUAAGUAGAGAAAUUUCUAAAGAUAUGUUUUCUAGAAUGAGUAUAAUUGGCCAAUUUAAUUUGGGUUUCAUCAUUACCAAACUUGAUGCUGAUUUAUUUAUAGUUGAUCAACAUGCUACCGAUGAAAAAUAUAACUUUGAAACAUUACAAAAUACAACUAAAAUUACAAGCCAAAAAUUAGUGGUACCCCAACAAUUAGAAUUAACUGCUGUUAAUGAAAUUGUAUUAAUGGAAAAUAUUAAUGUUUUUCAAAUGAAUGGAUUUGAUUUUCAGUUCCAACAAGAUGCGGAACCAACAAAGAAAGUUAAAUUAACCAUGAUUCCUAUGAGUAAUAAUUGGAGCUUUGGUAAAGAGGAUGUAGAUGAACUUUUGUUCAUGUUACAAGAUGCGCCAAAUACUCUUUGUAGACCUUCUAGAGUUCGUUCAAUGUUUGCAUCACGCGCUUGUCGUAAGUCCGUUAUGAUUGGUAAAGUAUUGAACUUUGGUGAUAUGAGAAAACUCAUUGACCACAUGGGAGAUAUUGAACAACCUUGGAAUUGCCCUCAUGGAAGACCAACAAUGAGACAUUUAGUAAACCUUACAUUGCUAAAUGUUAAUGCAGAAUGAACAAAAUAUGUUCUUUAAGCAAAUUAUUUAUUUACAAGUAUACAAAAAAUACAAUGAUAACAACAUCAUAAAGAUGCACAAGACAAACAAAAUAGACAACAAAUACUUAAUUGUUUUUAAAUCAUUUUUUUAUUACUAGAUUUUUAAAUUAUAUGGCUAUUAUAUAAAUGCUAUCAAAAAAAAAAAAUAUACAUAUAAUAUGCCAUACAGAAAUUAAUAAUUAUACAUCAAUAAAUGAUUAUUAAGUAAUUUAAACACAA